UUUUCUGUAUGAGUCCUGCCCCAGGGUUCAUAUCCACACCGGAAUUCUUGAAUUUAGACGAAGCGAGACUUCUCGGAGGAGCCCGUUGAAAAGCCUCGCGACACAGUGCUCGCCCUGAUUUACACCUCUGGAAGCACUGGCUUGCCGAAGGGAACAGAGAUCACGCAUUACAACUACGUGACUGCCUUCUACUGUUCAACGCGACACCUACCUUGGUCAAGUUCAGACAUAUUACUUGCAUCUUGUCCUAUUACUCACCAAUCAGGUAUGAUGUUUACCAUGUUGGGUGCUCUGGGUGGUACGAUAAGCGUCAUAACGCCAUCCACAUUGACGCCCUUGGAGUUUAUGGACACCAGUCAUGAAUACAAGGUGACGACGGCAUUCCUAUUUCCCACACAGCUUCAAGCUGUGGUGCGUGAGAUGCGUCGCUCAGGGAGAAGGUUACCAACUCUCCGCAGAAUUGCUACUGGCGGCAGCGUGGUUCCGGCAUCCGUAGCAGAAGCAGCCUACGAAGCAUUCAGUGGUCUUGAGCAACUCUAUAAUCUAUAUGGUAUGACGGAGUCUUGCGGUGCUGUGACGGCUCAUACGAAGUCUGCCGAAUGUCGAAACAGUACGAGUGUUGGAAUUCCUGCGACCGGAGUCACUGUAAAGAUCGUCGACGUGACCACCCGUAACAAACUCGGCCCACACGAGAUCGGGGAAAUUUGCUUUCGAACUCCAUCUAUGGUAAGAGGAUACUACAAAAGGCCACGUGAAUCGGCCGAGCUGUUCGACGAAGAAGGAUGGUGCAAAUCGGGUGACGCUGGGUACUACGACGAGGAUGGUCGCUUAUAUUUCUCUGAACGCAUCAAGCAAAUGAUCAAGUGCAUGGACAAUCAAGUUGUUCCAUCUGAGCUUGAAGAACUGUUGCUUCGCAUACACCCCACUCUGAUAGCCGAGGUUUCUGUGGUAGGGCUGAAGCACUCGGAAUACGGUGAAGCUCCAGCAGCGGCCAUUGUUAUCACAGAAGAAGGUAAGAAGCAAGACCUCACUACUUUCGUCAACGACGUGAAGGCCACCAUUUCAAAUAACCUGGCUGUGCAUAAACACCUCUAUGGAGGCGUUUUCAUUGUGGACUGCCUACCGAAGACCGAGACUGCAAAAGUUAACAGGCCAGCUCUGGCUCGUUCUCUGGCAUGUCAGUGAAACAGAUGUUUGCAAAAUCAAUAAUAAAUAUUGCUUGCCAC